AUGUCCGAAGCAAAGCAUGACAUCGCCACUAUCAAAGCAAAUAUCCAUGAAGACGAGAAUCAGAAUAAUGCAAGGAUCAGGAUGUCCAUUGGCAGGUUUUUGGGUUCGGGAGCAUUUGGAAGCGUUUACAAAAUUAGCAAGACUACUGUCGGACAGGAGGGGCCAGAGUGUUUUCUGAAGAUACCAAAUUCGCACGGGGCGUUACCUUCGUUGAAGGAGGAGGCAAAAACCUUGCGCCGCUUGAACAAACAAAAGGAAGAAUGGCUGACAGUGCCAAACAUCCCUUUAUGCAGCGCAGGACAAGAAUUUGAUAUCGCAAUGAAUGGCUUCCAAAGCAAGACAUAUGGCCUGAUUCUCAAUGAGAUGAUUGGUAAACCUGCCAACGCUUUCAACUGGAAGUCGGAAGGGUACAAGGAGUGCCUACCAUCAGUCAUCAGGAAUGUGCAUGCUACUCUGGACGCUGCACACAAAAAUUCUGUGUAUCAUCUCGACGUUCGUCCUAGCAACAUUAUUGUGCCUACCACUGCAGACAAGAUGACAAAAGAUAUCAAGGUAUUGGUGAUUGAUUGGGGUGUUGCAAUCUACCGUGGCAUGUCUUAA